AUGGCAUCUUUGAUGUGUUGGAAGACCUGGAAAUCGACGAAAACAGCCGUAAGAGUAUUUCUUGCAUCAUUCUUUGAUGUGUUGGGAGAAAGUGGCUACUUGUUGAAUAUUUUUGGUCUCAAGGAACCAGGUCAGCCUCUUGUUAACCAUUCUUUCCAUAAGUUUGGUCAGAACGCUUGUGAUGGUGAUAGGCCUAUAGUUGUCAAAGUGUACUGGUAUUUCUAUGGCACCUUUCCAUUGGUUAGGUACGAGACUGGUUUCCCAGAUUUUGCUGGAAAGCGUCAGCAUGGUUUCCUUGGUUUUUGGUCCCAUUCUCGAAUGAAUUCCGUCUUUGCCAGGAGACCUUUUGUAAUUUAG